AUGUUGGAUGAAUUGAGAAAAUUACCUUCUGAAUUAACUGAUGGACGUAAACUUCGUGUUGGGACACUUGAUUGUGAUGCUUAUCGUGAUAUUUGUACUGGGGAACGGAUAAAUAGUUAUCCUCGCACAAUUCUUUACAUGGGGGACGAUUCCCAACAACAAAAACAACAACAACAUUCACUUAUUGGUUUCCAUACAGUUGAUCAAUUACUUGAAUUUAUAUCAGAAGCAUUAAAUCCAACAGUACAAGUGUUAAAUCCUGAUAAUUUUGAUGAUACUGUUUAUGGAGGUGGACAAUCUUUCUUUGUUGAUUUUUUUGCGCCUUGGUGUGGGCCGUGUCAAAAGUUGGCCCCUGAAUUUCGACAACUUGCCAGACAAUGGGCUUCAACACACAAUGAAGAUCCAAACCAACUUGUUUUUGCUUCAGUAGAUUGUGAACAAUAUUCUAAUUUGUGUAAUCGUGAAAAUGUCAAUUCUUUCCCUUCAUUGCGUUUUUAUAGAAAAUUACAAGGAGGAAAGAUUGAUGUAAAUAAUUACCCUUCAAAUUGGUGGAGAAAUGUACAAACAAUGUCCCAUUGGCUAACAGAAAUGAUGCCUUCACUUGUUCAAAAAAUUGCUGGCGAUUUUGCCAAUACUGUUUUAGAUUCUUCUGAACCAUGGUUGAUUGAUUUUUAUGCUCCAUGGUGUUCUCAUUGUAUUCAAUUUGCCCCAACAUUUGAACGUCUUGCUCAGCUUUUAAAUGGCCAAGUCCGCUUAGGCAAAAUAGAUUGUGAACGUUUUAGUUGGAUUUGUGAAAAUGCUCAAAUAAAUUAUUUCCCUCAAAUUUUGCUAUAUUUUGGCGCAAAAAAUUAUAAAAGACAAGAAACUAGGGGUAUGGAAAUUUCUACUGAUGAAACAACAAAUGUUGAAAUUAUUGCAAAAACUGUUAGGGAAUAUUUGGAAAAAUAUGGGCAUGGAGGUGGAGGAGGAGGGGGAUAUGAAAGGGAUGAACUUUAA